AGAGAGUAUUAUUUAUCUCCAAGGUCAUUCGCAGAAAACCAAUCAGAUAGCCAAACAAUGAAAACUAGAGCUUUUACUAGAAAAAUAAUCUUAUUAGGCAGAAAAUUCGCAAAGAAAUCAUUGAAGACAUUUAGGUAAAAGUAACAAAGAGAACAACAAAACGGCGAAAAAGAAAAAAACAGCAUAAAAAGCAAUACACUUCAACAUGUUGGAAUUAAAAUUGAUGCGUCGAUUUACAGAACCCAUUCAUCACUUUCAUGAAUCAAAGACAAAUAAAAACCAACCAAUAGCAUAUAACAUAACCUUUAAUAAAAAUGAACAAACUCGUAUACUCGCCAUGCCUGUCAGUCUAUAUCGUAGGAAAUAUCUUCAAAAAUGUCAUCAAUGGAUAAAGGAUACUACAAGUACUCCUAUUCUUAACGAUGAGGAUACUAUUUAUGUCAAUACAAAUAAACGAAUAAGUAGUUAUGAUGAUGAGAAUAACGAAGAUUUAACAGUGCAAGAUGCAAUACAAUCAGAGAUAGGAGAUAUCAAUAACGCUACUACUACUACUACUACUAUUUCUAAUAAUAAUGCUGACAAUAACGAUGAUCAUUGUAACGAUUAUCAUCCGGCAAAAUAUUAUUUCCUUAAAACGAAUCAUCAAAUUGAGUUAAUUCACCCAAUCAACAAUUCAACGAAUUUCUUCUUCACACUAGCUAAUCAAAUUCAAGAUGAAUAUCGUUGUCAUGACCACGGGGAAGAUAAACACUUUACACAAAUAUGGACACAUAGAGAGAAACCAAUAGACCAAAAAAAAGUUAUCAGUAAUGCACUGAAAGAAACAUUGAAACGAAGAAAAACUAAAAAAGAAAUGGAAUUCAAUCAGUUGAAAAACACUCAAAUAACGCAGAAUACAGCAUUCAACUCUGUAUCAAAUUUCUUGCUUCAUUGUGUUACAAUUGAUGAAUGUCCAUUAACCGAACAACUCGAUUCAUCAAAUAGCUAUUCAUCAUAUUCUCCGUGCAAUCAACAAACAGACGAUAUGCAAACUACUGAGGGAACAAUAACAAUUAGUGAAGUAGACAAAACUGAUACUACUUAUGAGUACAUGAAAAGAGGUAAAAGAAAAAAGUCCAACAUCUUUGUAAAUCUUGGACCAAUACCUAAAGAAAUUAAUCGAAGUAAUUUUUAUAAGCAUAGGAAAUAUGUUAAUCAACCCUUCAAGCUGAUGAUGAGUACUCAUAAAAAACGGCCUGAUCCAUUUAUUUAAUAAUAGAAGUGACACAGAGAAAUAACUAUUGUGCUUAUUGUGUAACCGCCAAAGAAUUAAAAAUUACACGUCAUCACACUCGUAUGUAUAUAUACAUAUAUAUAUAUAUA